AUCGCAGGCUCAUCGGGAACCAACCGCCUGUUUUCUCCCCUUGCUUCGUCCCCAGAUUCUUCUUCUACAGAUUUUGUUUACCUACCACGAUCGUUACGAAUAUCAAUUUACAGCUUCACGGAUCCCGUCUCUUACAUCCUCCAACAGUCAAAUCACACCGCGGCCCGUCCCUCUUCCAAUGUGCCUAUAAUCGCGGUGCUGUCGGAACUUAAUCAUGUCGGGGCAGCCACAACAGGCCCAUUACGAUGAUGGCUACGGCCAUCAUCAACAGGGCAACACAGACUCGUAUUAUCAGGACGAGCAAGCCCAGCCCUACUAUGACCACAAUGGUGGGUAUGCAGACCCAGGCCAUGGUCACCAAGGUGGAGAUGGAUACUAUGACGAAUCUGGUUAUUACAACGCCGAUGCCAGCAACCCUUACCAACAUGAAGGAGGCUAUUACGAUGGCGGGGAGCAUGGCCAGUACCAGGAUGAGUACUAUAAUGAUCAAUAUUACGACCAAGGAGCGCCUGCUGCGGGCCACCAAGGCCAGGGCUACCCGCCACAAGGGAAGCGUCGAGGUGAGUCGGAAGAAGACUCGGAAACCUUCAGCGACUUCACAAUGCGAUCGGACAUGGCUCGAGCCACCGACAUGGAUUAUUACGGCCGUGGGGACGAACGCUACAACAGCUACAACGAGAGCCAGAUGGGCGGGCAGGGUUACCGUCCUCCGUCAUCCCAGAUCUCCUACGGCGGCAACAGAUCCUCCGGAGCUUCAACCCCGAACUACGGCAUGGACUACAAUAACGUGCUCCCCGCUGGGCAACGUUCUCGGGAGCCGUACCCGGCUUGGACCUCCGAUGCGCAGAUCCCUCUGUCGAAGGAGGAGGUCGAGGAUAUCUUCUUGGAUCUCACCGCCAAGUUUGGGUUCCAGCGUGACAGCAUGCGCAACAUGUACGAUCAUUUCAUGACGCUCUUGGACUCGCGCGCUUCUCGGAUGACGCCCAACCAGGCCCUGCUCUCUCUGCACGCCGACUACAUUGGGGGAGACAAUGCCAACUACCGGAAGUGGUACUUCGCAGCUCACCUGGACUUGGACGACGCAGUAGGGUUUGCCAACAUGAAACUAGGUAAAGCAAGCCGUCGGACUCGGAAGGCCCGUAAGGCCGCCAAGAAGAAGGCUGGUGAGACGGACCCGCAGAACGAGAACGAGAUGCUGGAGGAACUGGAAGGUGACAACAGUCUCGAGGCAGCCGAAUACAGAUGGAAGACACGCAUGAAUAGGAUGUCCCAACACGACCGCGUCCGGCAGAUUGCCCUCUACCUUCUCUGCUGGGGAGAGGCCAACCAAGUGCGCUUCAUGCCCGAAUGUCUCUGCUUCAUCUUCAAGUGCGCCGAUGACUAUCUCAAUUCGCCAGCGUGCCAGAAUCUGGUAGAGCCGGUGGAGGAGUUUACCUACCUCAACAACGUGAUAACCCCCCUCUACCAGUACUGCCGAGACCAAGGUUACGAGAUCCAAGAUGGGAAGUAUGUUCGUCGUGAGAGGGACCACAACAAAAUCAUCGGUUAUGAUGACUGCAAUCAGCUCUUCUGGUACCCAGAGGGCAUCGAGCGCAUUGUUAUGGAAGAUAAGUCCCGAUUGGUGGAUCUACCACCGGCCGAGCGGUUCCUGAAGCUCAAGGAUGUCAACUGGAACAAGGUCUUUUUCAAAACAUACAGGGAAACUCGCUCCUGGCUUCACAUGCUGGUCAAUUUCAACCGGAUCUGGAUCAUCCACAUCACGGCUUUCUGGUUCUUUACUGCUAAAAACUCCCCCACCAUUCUGGUCAAGAACUACAAGCAGGAGGAAAAUAACAUGCCUCCUGGUUCUGCCCAAUGGUCCGCCGUGGGCUUGGGUGGAACAGUUGCAUGCAUCAUCAUGGUCGCAGCUACCAUUACGGAAUGGAGCUAUGUUCCCCGCAAGUGGGCUGGAGCGCAGCAUCUCACGAAGAGGCUCCUCUUCCUCAUCGGUAUGCUGAUCCUCAACGUGGCCCCGAGUGUCUACAUCUUCCUUGUCAAGGGUACGCAGAAGAAAAAGCUUGCUCUGGUCCUCGGCGUCGUACAAUUCUUGAUCGCCCUAGCCUCCUUCUUCUUCUUCUCCAUCAUGCCUCUGGGCGGACUGUUCGGGAGCUAUCUGACCAGGGAUUCGAGACGAUAUGUUGCCAGCCAGACGUUUACCGCAAGUUACCCGCGCCUCAAGGGUAACGACAUGUGGAUGUCCUAUGGGCUCUGGAUCUGUGUCUUUGCUGCCAAGCUUGCCGAGUCAUACUUCUUCUUGACCUUGUCUUUCCGGGACCCUAUCCGGUACCUUUCGUCAAUGCACCUCGCCCAUUGUCCUGGUGAUAACAUAAUCGGGCCGCAGCUGUGCAGAGUGCAGCCUAAGAUCCUCCUGGGGUUAAUGUUCUUCACAGACCUGUGUCUCUUCUUCCUGGAUACGUUCCUCUGGUACAUCAUCAUGAACGUCAUCUACUCCGUCGCGCGGUCCUUCUACCUGGGUGUUUCCAUCUGGACCCCAUGGAGAAAUAUCUUCUCGCGUCUUCCCAAGCGUAUCUACUCGAAGAUCCUUGCGACAACCGACAUGGAGAUCAAGUACAAGCCGAAGGUCCUCAUCUCUCAGAUUUGGAAUGCAAUCGUCAUCUCUAUGUACCGGGAGCAUCUCCUGGCCAUUGACCAUGUGCAGAAGUUGCUCUACCACCAGGUCCCCUCAGAGCAGGAGGGCAAGCGUACUCUUCGAGCCCCGACGUUCUUUGUCUCACAGGAAGACCACUCGUUCAAGACCGAGUUCUUCCCAAGCCAGAGCGAGGCUGAAAGGCGUAUCUCCUUCUUCGCUCAAUCUCUCUCGACGCCAAUCCCGGAACCAUUGCCUGUGGAUAAUAUGCCCACCUUCACCGUCAUGAUCCCGCACUAUAGUGAGAAGAUUCUGCUCUCUCUUCGCGAGAUCAUCCGGGAGGACGAUCCUUACUCCCGCGUGACUCUUCUGGAAUAUUUGAAGCAGCUCCACCCCCACGAGUGGGAUUGCUUUGUCAAGGAUACUAAGAUUCUUGCCGAUGAGACCUCUCAGUUCAACGGAGAUUAUGACAAGAACGAGAAGGAUACGGCGAAGAGCAAGAUCGAUGACCUCCCAUUCUACUGUAUUGGUUUCAAGUCUGCUGCACCCGAGUACACCCUCCGCACCCGGAUCUGGGCAUCUCUGCGAUCCCAGACCCUCUACCGCACGAUCUCUGGUUUCAUGAACUACAGCCGGGCUAUCAAACUACUCUACCGUGUUGAAAAUCCAGAAGUGGUUCAGAUGUUUGGUGGUAAUUCUGAUAAGCUCGAACGGGAGUUGGAACGCAUGGCGCGUCGCAAGUUCAAGCUAGUCGUAUCCAUGCAGCGCUACGCCAAAUUCAAGAAGGAGGAGAUGGAGAAUACCGAGUUCUUGCUCCGUGCGUAUCCGGACCUUCAGAUCGCCUAUCUGGAUGAAGAAGCACCUCUGGCGGAGGGUGAAGAGCCCCGCCUCUACUCUGCGCUGAUCGAUGGUCAUUCCGAAAUCAUGGAGAACGGCAUGCGCCGACCCAAGUUCCGGGUCCAACUAUCUGGCAAUCCCAUCCUUGGGGACGGCAAGUCCGACAACCAGAACCACGCUAUCAUCUUUUACCGUGGUGAGUAUAUUCAGCUCAUUGAUGCCAACCAGGACAACUAUCUGGAGGAGUGCCUCAAGAUCCGGAGUGUCCUCGCUGAGUUCGAAGAAAUGACCACGGACAACGUCUCGCCAUAUACUCCCGGUUUUGAGAAUCCAAACCCCAAUCCGGUCGCAAUCUUGGGGGCCCGUGAAUACAUUUUCUCGGAGAACAUCGGUAUCCUUGGUGACGUUGCGGCCGGGAAAGAACAGACAUUCGGAACGCUCUUCGCUCGUACUCUCGCCUCAAUUGGUGGCAAGCUCCACUAUGGCCAUCCUGAUUUCCUCAAUGGCAUUUUCAUGACCACGCGAGGGGGCGUUUCGAAGGCUCAGAAAGGUCUUCAUCUUAACGAGGAUAUCUAUGCUGGUAUGACGGCGCUCUGUCGCGGCGGCCGCAUAAAGCAUUGCGAGUACUACCAGUGUGGCAAGGGUCGUGACCUGGGAUUUGGAUCCAUCCUGAACUUCACGACGAAGAUCGGGACCGGUAUGGGUGAGCAAAUGCUCUCCCGAGAAUACUAUUACUUGGGGACACAGCUACCUUUGGAUCGCUUCUUGUCAUUCUACUACGCGCAUCCUGGCUUCCAUCUGAACAACAUGUUCAUCAUGCUGUCGGUGCAGAUGUUCAUGCUCUGCCUGAUCAACCUUGGGGCCCUUCGUAACCAGACCAUCCUCUGCGACUACAACAAGAAUAAGCCAAUCACGGAUCCCCUCUUCCCAACUGGCUGUGCCAAUCUCACGCCUGUUACCGACUGGGUUUACCGUUGCAUCAUCUCCAUCUUCAUCGUUUUCUUCAUCUCCUUUGUACCCCUGGUGGUGCAAGAGUUGACCGAGCGAGGAUUCUGGCGCGCUGCUACCCGUCUUGGGAAGCAGUUCCUCUCUCUGUCGCCCUUCUUUGAGGUCUUCGUCUGCCAGAUUUAUGCGAACUCUGUUCAGCAGGAUUUGUCAUUCGGCGGUGCUAGGUAUAUUGGAACGGGCAGAGGUUUUGCAACAGCCCGUAUCCCGUUCGGUGUCCUGUACUCGCGUUUUGCUGGCCCCUCGAUCUACCUUGGUGCUCGCUCGCUCAUGAUGCUGCUCUUCGCCACGCUCACAGUCUGGCAGGCCGCCCUCAUUUACUUCUGGAUAACGCUGCUGGCCAUGUGCGUGUCUCCGUUCAUUUACAAUCCCCAUCAGUUCGCCUGGGAUGACUUUUUCAUCGAUUACCGUGAUUUCCUCCGCUGGCUGUCCCGUGGUAACUCGCGGUCACACUCCUCAUCCUGGAUCGCCUUCUGUCGCCUGUCCAGAACGAGGAUUACCGGUUACAAGCGAAAGGCUCUGGGAGAUCCAUCUUCAAAAAUGUCUGGUGAUGUACCGCGUGCUUCGUUCACGAACCUCUUUUUCGGUGAAAUAUUCGGUCCUCUUUUCAUGGUUGCCGCCACCUUGGUCCCGUAUAUAUUCAUCAACUCGCAAGUCGGUGUGAUCCCGGAGAACCAGCCUGAUCCUAGCAAGCCGAUCGUGCCCACGAACGCGUUGAUCCGUCUUGCUAUUGUUGCCUUUGCCCCUAUCGCAAUCAACGCGGGUGUCCUGGGUGCCUUCUUCGGCAUGGCCUGCUGCAUGGGCCCCCUCUUCGGUAUGUGCUGCAAGAGGUUUGGUGCCGUUCUCGCCGCCAUUGCGCAUGGGAUCGCUGUCAUUGUCCUCAUCGUCUUCUUCGAGGUCAUGUUCUUCCUGGAGGGCUUUGUCUUUGCCAAGGCAUUGCUAGGGAUGAUUGCUGCUACCGCUGUUCAGAGAUUCGUCUACAAGCUCAUCAUUUCACUGGCGCUGACGAGAGAGUUCAAGUCGGACACGUCCAAUAUUGCGUUCUGGACUGGCAAAUGGUACUCAAUGGGUUGGCAUUCCAUGUCCCAGCCUGGCCGAGAGUUCCUGUGUAAGAUCACGGAGCUCGGAAUGUUCGCUGGUGAUUUUGUGCUUGGGCAUAUGAUCCUCUUCGUCAUGCUCCCCGUAAUUGCUAUCCCUCACGUCGACAAGAUUCAUUCUGUGAUGCUGUUCUGGCUUCGUCCCAGCCGUCAAAUCCGCCCCCCAAUAUACUCCAUGAAGCAAUCGAAGCUUAGAAAGAGACGUGUCUGGCGAUAUGCUGUCCUCUAUUUCGUCCUGCUUAUCAUCGCCCUGGUUCUCAUCGUAGGGCCUUGUGUGGCUGGCAGCAAGAUUCUAAGCCCGAGUUUAGAAUCCAGUAUCCCCCAGAAACUCUUCCAACCCAUCGGACAGAACAACAAUGAUACUAGAAACAGGAAUGAGACUGGUACUGGGGCUACGGCCUCGGCCACAGCCUCGUCCACUGCUAGUCUCGCGAGGGUCCGAUUGUUUUAGAUUGGACGCGGUAUGAAAGGCGGCCAAGCUGUAAAAUAGAUGGGUUCGAUGAGGUGUAUUACGAUAGCUUUCUUGGUUCGAUAGAUGACCAUGAUAGUCUUGCAUGGCGUGUUGACAGAUAAUUGUUUUCGGUGUUUUCAUGGUACCCGGCUUAGACAACUGCUUUCCUUCUCUCUC